AUGUCUACAUCCACAUCUACCACAAAUAAUAAUAAGCCAACAAAAAGAGUAUCAGCUUUCAUCAGCAACAAAGCCAACAGUACUAUUGCACAAAGCUCAAACGUAGAAUCAACAACAAGUGCAUUAUCGACUACUAGUUCACUUGUUUCUGAAUUUGCUGAGGGCAUGCAAAACCAU